AAAAGUAGUUUCAUUUCAAGGUUACAAUCAAUAAAAGAUAAUCUUAAGAUAAACAGUAAAGCCUCUGCAGAUAAAAACUUCCACGAACGAACGAACGAACUUGUUAAUCCUCAUUAGUAGUUGCUAUGGUGACCAAAUUGUUUAUCUUGACAACAUUGUCAAUCGAACAAAUCAGUUCGCACAUUUUUAUUUCUGUUUAUAAACCUUAAAAAUAAAUAAUGCCACCUAAAGCGGGAAAAGGUGCAGCCAAAAAGGCACCAGCAAUCGUCAUCGAUGGCGUCGACACAUCUGAAAUGUCUCGGGAGAAGCUCGAACAAUUUACUCUCAAAGUUAAAGAAGAAUUGGACAAAGAAAGAGAAGAACGUAACUACUUCCAACUCGAGCGAGAUAAAAUUAGAACAUUCUGGGAGAUCACAAGACAACAGUUAGAAGAAGCAAAAGCUGAACUAAGAAACAGAGAGCGAGCAACAGAAGAAGCGCAAGAGGAAAAUGAAGCGCUUUUGGAAACAGAAAAACAAAAAAUUAAGCACUUGAAGUAUGAACAACAGGCUGCAGCAGCUGCAUUGCGAGCUGAAAACUUAGUCGCUUUAAAAGCAGCUAAAGAAGAACAUGCAGAACAAGAACUUGAACUACUGAAUGACAAAAGAAUAUUGAGGCAAGAGAUAAGGGAAAGAAUGUUAGCAGCCCAGGAUGAGUUAAGAAGAGCAAAACUAAUUCAUGCAGAGGAAGUAUCUAAAGCUAGGGAUGAAUUUGAAGAAAGAGCCCAACAGAUUGAGGACAAGGCUGACAAGAAGUUACAAGAAACUAAGACAGAGCUGACUGUAAAGCAUAGAACAGAAAUAGCAGAAGUGGAGGAGAGGAAAAACAAACAGCUCGACGAAUUGAUAGCUCACCAUGAGAGAGCGUUUUCCGAUUUGAAAAAUUAUUACAACGAUAUCACUUUGAAUAAUUUAGGACUUAUUAGCAGUCUAAAACAACAAAUGGAAGAGAUGCAGAAAGUAAGAGAAAGAGCUGAUAAGAUAUCUAGAGACGCUGUUGCUGAGGCUAAAAGUCUCAGAGAGCCAUUGGAAGCUGCGAUCAUUGAUAAUAAGGAACUCCACCGACAAAUGUCUAAUUACGACCGAGAUAAGGCUGCUUUAGCUGCAAAAACGAAACAACUAAAUUCCCUGGAAAAACAAUUCGAAGUUUUAAAGUGGGAGUACGAAGUGCUGCAAGUCCGUUUUGAUCGCGUUCAGACAGAGAGGGAUGAGUUGAAGACCAGGUUUUCAAGGGCUGUCCUUGAGGUACAGCAGAAGGCGUCACUCAAGACUGCACUACUGGAAGCUAAGCUGAAGAAUAUGGAAGGAAGAGAUGCUGGACCGAGGGAAAUUCACGAUCUUCUUAAACUAAAAGACACACAGAUAGACGAUUUACGUUACGAGGCAGCUCGACUUCGCAAAGCUCAUGAUGAUCUUUUGGCAACUUACGAAGCUAAACUCGCAAAAUUAGGAGUGCCGGCCGAAGAACUUGGUUUCAAGCCUUUGAAAGCGGUUGCUGUUGCUGGUUUAGCGCCAGUCAUAGGCAUGGGACCUGCAGGAUUGGUGACUAAAGACCCGUAAUUCAGAAGAACCAGGAAAUGUUUUUCAGAAAACGAUGCUGUUAUGGAAUAAAUAUUUCACAAAG